AUUCAGAAUGUAACAUACGCAUUCUCAGUGACGAAUACUCAUCCUGCAUCAGAGCUGCCUAUUUAGGGAAACAAGUCGGCAAGGCUAUAUGCUCUGCUUUCAAUCGAAAGUAUACAAAAGAUACAACCAUACUUUCUUUACACCAUCUUUCAUUUCCCACCAUCACUCCUUCUCGUUUGUUUGAUUGCUUUGCACCUUUGCGUGCUUUGCUUCAACUCAUCUUCUCCAUUUUCUCAUUUUCGACCUACGCUCUCGCUACCUUUCUUGCUUCAUGACAACGAUUUGCAUCACUUUUUAGUAAAUCAUCACAUUCGCUUUAUCUAUCACGCUCACACAGCAACCACAUUCGCUUUUUCAAUUAAACUUUAACGCCCGAUAACAUUCUUUCACCAUACUAUUUGAACAUCUUCACCCUUUCAUCAACACCUUUGAAAUCAAUCAGACUAAUACAAGAUGCAUAAAUCAACCUCUUUCUCCGAUUCUCGCAACGGCAAAACAAGACCUGCAAAUUUAUCGACCGAACGAAGUGGUCCAUCCGAAUCACUUCCAUGGCCUUCACCUUCUUUUGAUGUUUUCAACAACUCGCCUUCAAAGAUGAACUUGGGCUUGGCAAUUAGUGCCGAUCCAGGUCGUCCAUCAACUCAAGCUAAAGUCAGCCCAUCAGAUUUGCCUCCUACCCCAUUAACAAGCACUUACAAGCCUCUCGAACUUAGCCCUGACAGAGAGCAACAUUUACGUUUGCCAAGUGUUAAAGCAAUGCUUGCUCACACUCCACCGGAAUCCAGAGGUCUUCGUACUGUCCCUUUACCCGAAACAGAAGAAUAUGCUCCUCAUCAUGUUGCACCUAUCUCACGGCAACAACCUCACCCAAGUGGGACCAGCCCAAUCCGACCUGGAUUCCACCCAAUCCCUGGUCAUCAAGAAGUUGCCGCUGUUUCAUCUGAUCGUUUCCGCAACAUGCCUCAAAGUGAAGAAGUCCAAGGUCUCGGAUUAGACUUGGGAGGUGACGAUACUCCACGGUUGGGAAGUCAAGAUUGGUCUGCAAUGCGCACUCCAACUUUGCACACCAACGCUCCUCGCUUGCCUGGUGCUCCUCAAAUGACAAGUGCAUCAAAUGGUCAAUUGCCAAACAACAUCACUUCUCCCAUCAAUCCUCCUUUGCGUAACUGGAACACGGAUUUGCGCUUCGAAGACCGUCCAGCUCCUCCAAUGCCACGUCCAAAUUUGGCACCCCGUUCGUUCAGUGAGAACUACGCAUCCACACCUAUGGAACGAGAAUAUGCAAUGGAAUUGGAAAGUGGAAUGCCACAUUCCAACAAAACUUGGGGCUUGGCACUUUCGAUGGAUAACGGUGAAACCUAUCGCCGUGGUGCAUACUUGUAUCGACCUGAUACGACCGUUGUUGGUCCUGCUGCAAUGGUACGUUCUUCUACCGGUCCAUCCCAUGCUGGACCAUCUCGCAUUCCUUCAGGGCCACCAACGCCAAUGCGUCCAACUGAAAUGACAAACGUACCUUUGAGCGCAUCCAAGGUUCCAUCUGCUAGCAAGCAUCUCAAAACUACAGGGUUAACACCUCAUAUCCAUAAGACUCGCUUGACACCCACUUUCUCUACUCGUAGUAAAGGAAGCAACGGUGGCGGCUCACCUAAUGGAUCGACGGAAAGUCCAAGCUUGAAGAUGAAGUCUAAACAAAGAUCAGAACAAUUGCGCAAUCAAGCAGCUUCUGUUGCCGCUCAUGCCAAUUUGCCUUCUGAACAUGCUUCUGUGAUGGGUAAUACUUCACCUACUUCACCGACGCAAGAGAUGCCACCUGCACCCGUUCAUGAAGAAAAGAUGGCUGAAGAUCACGUCUCCCCACGCAAACGUGACCUUGAAAUGGCUGCCGAGCCAGAAUUGGUUGGUGAAGUGAAGGCAAAUUCUGCUUCUUCACCGUGGGGCGUGUUUGAGUUGGGAAAUACAAACAAUAAAUGGCAACCGUUGGGACCUCCUGCACUAUCGAAUGUUUUGGGUAAAUUAAACUUGGACGAAGCAGGAGAUGAUGAUGAAGAAAUGGACGAUGAUGAAGAAGUUUCAAAAGCUCGUCCAACGAAAUCUAUCAAACGUGCUCGCAAGCAAGGAUCCUCUGCUGCCUUGUCUGUCAUUUCUACUCAUCAACAACAAACCCAACGAUCCAGACAAACGGUCAAAGGAGGCAGACCUGUCUCACGUGGAAGUUCGGAUAGCGGCAAGAGUGAAGGCAAAGAGAAUGACGUCUUUGGAUCUUCUGCUUUGUCAGGAGGAAACAAUAGCGGUCAUCGUACGCCUAUUUUGGGAAGCCACAGUGCCAAUGCUUCACCCAACAAAUCAAACACUCAAGGUCAACGUCGUUUGGUUAGCAUUCGUUAGAAGAUUUUCCAUGUUUCUAUGUCAUUACUGUAUUGUGCAACAAUCUUUUCCUACUGUCUUUCAACCCCU